UGCCCAUGUCCCCAUGUCCCCAUGUCCCCAACGCCAAGCGCCUUCCCGAGCAGAUCUAUUUCCCCGGGCCUAUGGGACGCGAGAGGCGAUCCCAUCGUUCAGGGCAAACUUCACCAACGGCCUUUAACAGCCACAUGGCAAGAACCUUUGGUAAAUUCCGGUUCUGCUACCAGCCUGGUUUCACCUGGUGCUACUACUCCGCCAAGACCGUCCCAGGGACUCGCUCCCGCCGCACGUUGGCAAGCAAAACUGCUUGAUGCCACAUGCCCAAGACCUCGGGGUAUUCUAGUGGGCCGUGCCAACCAAGCGUCCAUCUGUGGGGGGCCGAAUCUUGCAAAUGGGGCCUGUAAUAAUAUCUCGCGGAGGCAUCCAGAGAGUCCAGGCCGGGCCAUCCCACUCAUCACCUGGACCCUGCGUAAAUCCCGUCGUCCAGACCUUUCUCGCCCUGUCACGAUGGGGCGCGCGACCCUAGGACAUUGUCCUCUAGCUCGAGUACGCACUAUAACAAACAAAGGGUCCGGUGUGGUAGCACCGUAGGAAAAG